CUCCAAACUGUGCAGAAAAAGGAAAAGGGAAAAAAAGAUAUACCGCCAAGGCGGUACGCGAGUUUCGUAAACAAGACUUCGUUUCUGAAAUCCCUAAAUUCUCCCUUUCCUCGCCGCCCGCAGCCCCGCGCCGCUGCUCCCCCGCUCUGCAAUAUUUCGUCCUUACGAUGUCAUUCUCCGAGCGGAGGUUUCCGCAACUACCAACAUGAGAGUUUCUAAGUAUUAGCCCCCACGUCUCUAUGGGUCUAAGAAGAUAGAGUGGAAAGUAUCCACAUGGGUGUCAAUGUGGUUCGCGCAUUUGAUCAAACACUUGUGCUGCAUUUUGGAGUAGGGAUUUUUCUUUGCCAAACUGUGACACCACAGUAAGAGAGGGGAAUGGAAGCAGAUCGAAUUCAUGUGAUUUCGAAAAGGAGCAAAAAGAUAGAUAUUUCACAUAGAAAUAGUGGAUAUCCUCUGUUUCAUCGGAGCAAACUUGACAAAUUGAAGAUAAAGGUCUUGCUUAAAGGAUCACCCAUUGUCAAGGAUGACCAGCCAAACAUUAAAGAGGAUCCAAUGGAAGGUAAGAUUUUCAAUUUUAAAUCUAUUGCCAAUGAGUUAACCAGUAUUUACUUUUAACUGUUGUUAUGCAAAUAGCAUUGGCAUUAAGCAAUCAGAAUUCUGUAGAUACUACCUAGCUAUUAUAGAAAAUCUGUUGUGAAUGGAAAUAGGAAAUUUGUAGGUGUUUUUUCCUUUUUGGCCACAUAGGAAGGUUUUGGUGUUAAUUAAUGGUAUAAUUUGGAAGAUAGUUAAUAUUGACCUUAACAAGAGUUGAUUUGCAUGAAUUAUCUUUUCCCUCUUCUACAAUACUUUGAUUCAGCAGCCAAGCAGAAGAAUCAGAACAAGGAGAUUCCGCUUCCAGAAGCAGAAGAAAAACCAAAACCCCAGUUGUUGCCAAGAGUGGUAAGGAUAUCGGUGACUGAUGCAGAAGCAACUGAUUCCUCAAGUGAUGAUGAGGACAGCCGUCCAAGGAAACGACCCAAGAAGUUUGUGAAGGAGGUUAGCAUAUGCCCACCAUCCUCAACAGGUAAGGAAAAUGUUUCACACUGCAGUAAAGCAGAGGGGAAGAAGUACAGAGGUGUGAGGCAGAGGCCCUGGGGAUCUUGGGUAGCAGAGAUAAGAGACAGUAAACACGGUACACGGUUGUGGUUGGGUACGUACCGGACUGCUGAGGAGGCAGCAAUGGCGUAUGACCGUGCAUCAGUUCUACUGCAUGGACCGAGUGCACUAACUAACUUUAAGUCAGUUGAUUGUAAUGUUCAGUUCAGUCGUGAUUAGAAGUAGAAAACAGAAUGUACAUGGUAAACAUUGGCUAUUUUCUUCUUAGAACUCCUUUUAUGGUUCUUGAUGUACAUUGAUUCAGCUUGUGUGCAAUGCAUCAUUUACUCUGACAACUGAAAUUCAACAAUUGA